UUUAGUAUCACCGAACGUGAAGUUCCAUGUGGUUCAAGUACCAUAGCCUGCUUUUCGUCUUCUGCACGAAUUAUCAUGCGUGUCCCAAUAAGAUCCUCUCUACGGAGCCGGGAUUCUUCGUCGACAUCGACCGAUCCGGACCCGAGAGAACGCAUUAAAGACUAUUGCCGCAAACUGGUCGCUUUCAUGUGCACCCAAGUGGGCGUCGGUGGACUGGUCGUCGGUUACGCAAUAAUCGGAGCCUUCGGUUUCAGGAUGAUCGAGUCCCAAGCCCAACUUCCGUCAACCGGCUGUGUUCGGGAAUUGAUUAGGAAAGGAUACGCGGACAGGCUAUGGUACAGCACGGCUAGCAACCAGACGGUGAACGUGUUCAACAAGACGACCUUUUAUCUGCUGUCCAAUGAAAUCCUUCGGAAUUAUCAGGAGAACUUCACCAGCAGCUACAAGAAGGAGAACUGCAGCGGUUUGUCGUCGGUCGAUCUCUGGUCUUUCCCCGCAGCGAUGAUGUUCUGCCUCUCCGUCUUUACGAUGAUCGGUUACGGGACUCUGGUUCCCCAAACACCUUGGGGCAAGGGGGUCACCGUGAUCUACGCGGUGAUGGGGAUACCUCUUUACGUACUCUACUUCCUCAACAUGGGCAAAGUGCUGGCGCAGACGUUCCGGUGGCUGUACACCUGGCUGCAUGAGUGCACCGGCAAGAAGAAGCCUGGCCAGAGGAUAACCGUACCUUCGACGGCUUGCCUCUGGGUGAUCUUUGGAUACGUCUUGGGCGGAUCGGUCAUGUUCGCGGAGUGGGAAGGAUGGGACUACUUGGACAGUGCUUAUUUCUGCGUGACAUCGUUGUGUAAAAUUGGAAUGGGAGAUCUCGUACCUGGUUGGACGCACGGCGACCUGACCACCGAUAGUCAGACCAAACUGAUCAUUAAUUUUGUUUAUUUACUGCUUGGCAUGGGACUCAUCGCGAUGUGCUAUGAUCUCAUGAAGGAAGACGUUUACGUGAAGGCGCGGGAACUAAAGGAGCAGUUCGUUCAGAUCGUCGACGCAGCUCAUUACCAAAUAGAAACUUGCUGUAGAUCUGAUACUGGAGACUGAAUGGUCAUUGAGUCUGUGCUUGGGAGAAGUCACGACAAAGGUGAUCCAGCUUCGACAUGUAAUUCGUUGUAAUCAAUUGGUUCGGAUAUAACGCAUAUACAAUAUUUAUGAUGAAUUCGAAUUUAAGGGUUGAAUUAGAAAUUAACUCCCUGCACUCGAAGUUAUUUCACCUCCAUGAUGCAGACAUUUCUUCCAACGUAAUAUUUACAUUCUAUAUCAUCGUUUUCAUUUUGUUUAUAUGAAAUUAGAUGCAUUUACUAGCACCACAUCUAAGUUUUUAACAAUUUAUUGAACACAAACAGUGUUGUGAAUUAUGGUAUGGCAUUUUACAUUGUCACUCGAAUGCAAAGGGUUGUUGCACGUGUAAAAAUCGAUCGACAUUGUAGAAUAGAAUCUCUACGAGCAAAAUUUGCGUAACUAAUUAUCAUUCGUUUCAGUAUUUUUAUUUAUUUUAUUCUGUUCAAAACUUCAAAUCAAAAAGUAAUUCUCGUUUCUUCUGGAAUUUCAUUUUCUAACUUCAAAAAUUGCUUCUUUGCGAAGGUAAAAACGUUUAACAUUACAUAAUGCAGUUACCGAAUAUUAGAACUUAUGUAUAACUGACUUUCUCACAGAAAAAUGUCGAAAACUCGAUUUUUACUUCUUUUUUUAGCAAUGAUAUAGAUAGAUAAAUGAUUGGUCCAGCGCUAGCGCGUUGCGCUGCGCGAAUAGUGAUGGAAACCAAUCCAGUGUUACUACACUUACACAACAAAAACACAUGUACUUCUACGAAACUUGCAAGGAUUUUCGUGGAUUCGUAUUUACGCAAUGAGCAGUCCGGAAGUGUUCAAUUAUGUUUCCUAAAAGUCCAAUCUCGGAUUCUUCGGUCUCAAAAAUGCUUUCUUUAUCAGAAAUCUCGUUUGUUACAUGUUUAGAUAAAUAGGGAAUCCAUUCUUGAACACUGAUUUUGCACUCCCAAGAUUCUAUUAAUUAGUAAGUCCUUAUGACAAGGUCGAAGAACUAGAACGCUGCGGGUCGCAUCCUCUAUUUUCUUGUUCUACUAAUUCGAUUCCACGAACCUAGCUCCGGUGGGGGCUGUAGCACGCAUCCAGCAAUCUCGAGGUGUCCAAGCUGCAUGGUCCAUCCAGGCAAUGCUGCAUGUGCCGGUACCUAUGAUUUUAGAGUGAUUGAUACAGAUAAUAUGGGCUGGUACCACGAAAAAUUGGGGCCAUUUCUGAAUGAUAUUCUCCUGCUAUAAUGAAAAACUCACGAGAGUAGUAUUUGAACAACAUACUACUUCGAUUCCUUCAUAAGGUAUCAUAGAAAAUUGGAACCAAUUGCCGAGUGAAAUUCCGUGAAAUUCCUUAGCUAUUCCGGUCAAACUCGUGAGGAUAGUAUUUGAGCAACAUAGUAGUUCAUAGUAUUUUAAAUUGUUGCAGAUGAAAUGAUGGUUUCUGAACUUUUAAGAUAAACUUUUAUUUAAUGAACUCAAUAAAUAUUUCUUUAACCGAACUUCAAUACACUUUUCAAAGCGUGAUACAAGAGCAUGAAUGCUUCUUUAAAAAGAAAAUCGGAAGAACGGGCGGCAAUGAAUUCAUUAAAUUCAGUUUUUACAUCAGCUUCUUCUCGAAAUAAUUUUUCAAUCGAAAAGUCUGCUCGAAAAUCUGGUAGUCUGCAGGUGAAAUAUCAUGGGAAUAAGGAGAGGGGGAAAGAAUUUCCGACUUCAAUUCUGUUAACUUUGUAACAGUUUGUUUUAUGAAUUCUGACGGAUUCUGUCCUUCUCAGUGAGUUCGUGUAGGAGUCACAACUGUCUAACUUUUUCACUUUUCUCAAUACCUUUAGCUGUCGGGAAACAGUUGGUUUAUAUCACCAGAACAAAAUUGUUCAAACCAACGCCUGGUGAUUCGAUUAUUUACAGUAUUUUCGCCAAGAGCAGUGUUUAUGUUCCGCGUUGCCUCACUCGCACUAUGUACGAGUUUGAACUCGUACAAAUAAAUUAUAUGAAUUUCUUUUGUUUCUAUAAUUAAUAAAACGAUUUUCAGUUACACGUAUUGUACAAUAUAAAUUCUCAUAUUGAGCAUAUAUUUUUCAAAUUAUGCACAUACAAUGCCAUUUGCAGCGAUGAAAUUAAACUACAAACGAGUGAGAUUUAAAUUGUGAAAAAACCGCGAUUUCAUGUGCAACAAUCUAAUAGCUCAAUUCUUUCGUAGAGUAGUUCACAGAUGAGUUACAUUAACGCAGCUUGGAUAUGAUCUCGCAAAAAUGAUCUCACGAUAUGACCAGACACUUGAUCCUAUAGCUCUACUCGAUCUGAUAUCUCAGGUUUGAAUUAAAUCCGACAAAUGUUUGGAUCAUGCAGACUGUGCAAAUUCAGAUCUCUAAAUAUGCAUAUUAAAUCACAGAUAUGUUCUAUAUAUUCCAAUAACCCUUUGAACUGCUUUUAUUAUAUUUCUACAUCCCAACAGCCCUUAACUGUAAUGCAAAUUAUAUUACAUGUGCUGUAUUUUUGCUUUACACUGCGAAUUUAUAUUAAUUUUAUAAACAAUUAUUUUAAUAAUUUAUAUCAAUCAUACGGAACUAAAUAUCGUCCGAAAGGGAACAAGCAUAUUGUUAAAUGCAAUAGCGCCACUUGAUAGUCGCUUGUAUAAGAUGAUUCGCCAACUUUGUAAGUAAAUCAAGAACGGAAAUGAAACAUAUUGAACGUGACUGAAAUAGAGUGGAAGGGAUGGACAAUUUCAAGAAGUUUAAGACGAAAUAAAGGCGAGAGUAACUUAGCAAAACUAUAAAUGCCAUUGGAAAAAUAGAUUGUCAUGGACGGAAUUAACAAUAGCUUUACUAUCUGUGGAAAAUAAAAAUCUAAAAAAAAUUGUAUGACUGGCAGAACGUGUCACAUGGAUUAGACAUCUUUAGUACUCUAGAAAGAGGAUUGAAGUGGAUAACUAUUCUGUUCAGUGGAGUACUAUAUCUUGUUCUGUUUUUGACACAUGGGAAUCACCAGCGACCGGCAAAGCCAAGUUUAAUAGAGACACACAAUUCGAGCAAACUUCAAUGCUUUUAAAUUUUUCAAUAUCAUCAUCAUUACUAAAAUAGUAUGUAGACUCCUAGUAAGAUAAAUGCAUCACACAUGAUUACACACUUUAACUUGUCUAUUGUAAGUAAUAUUUGACCAUAAUAUGUAACGCAUAAUAAAAAAUUCAUGUUCGCCACAUCUGCAAA